UAUCUGCGUCGAUUGCACGCAAGAAAAGGUUCGCGAUAAGAAUUGCUAAAAAUAAUAAAAAAUUCUAUAAAUUAUGACUAAUACGCGCGUAGUCUAAACAAACCGAUGCCGGAAGCUCUUAUGCAUGCGUAACGCCUGAAAACGGCUUUAAGUUAUAUCCACAAAAGCCAUUUCUCAGGCUUGAAUUAAAAAUUCGCAUAUAAAGCAAAACAGUUCAAGUGCUCCUUUGUGCCUCUAUAUUUUAACGAAAGAAUGUGCUGAGAGUGCAGUAGACUGCUGCGAGAUUGUUUUUAAUCGUCAUCAUUGCUGCUGCUACUGUUGUCUUUGCAUCAGUGCCUGAUAAUCGCAACCCGCCCGCCGCCUGCUGACGUCGCAAAAUGGUCUCGCUGAUAAAAAACCAAUUGCUCAAGCAUUUGUCCAUCUACACGAAGAAUCUUUCAUCGGACAAAAUCAAUUUGAGCACAUUUCGAGGUGAGGGUGAGCUGUCGAAUCUUGAAUUGGAUGAGCGUGUGCUCACCGAGCUAUUGGAACUGCCCAGUUGGCUGCGCCUGACAUCGGCCUGGUGCAAUCAUGUUUCAUUUCGAAUCAGCUGGACCAAGCUUAAAAGCGUGCCCAUAACAUUGACGCUCGACGAGGUGCGCAUUACCAUCGAGACCUGCAAUCCCACAAGCCGCGAUGCUGGCGUAGGAAAUGCUACCGCCGCAGCGCUUCCGCAAGUGCCUCAGGGUAAAUACAGCUUCAUUCACAAGGUCGUUGACGGCAUCACCAUUGUGGUGAACACGGUCAAUGUGAAUUUUGUGAGUGCCGCUUUCACCGCCUCCGUGCAAAUGUCGCGCAUACGCGUGGAGUCCAAGACGCCGAAAUGGGUUAACGCCGAUUUGCGUUUGACGCGCCUUAAAGAUGCUCAUAAGGGCAUCAUAUUAAUUUUUAAAGAGCUCUCUUGGCAAACGGUGCGCAUCGAGGCCAGCUCCACUCAGGACAAAUCCCUGACUCCGCUGCGUUUGCUGACGAACCAUGCGCGUUGCCGUAUUACCAUUCGCAAACGUCUAGCGGAUUGUACUUUGUUGGCUUCGCGACUAGUUCUCAUACUGGAUGAUCUGCUGUGGGUGCUGACCGAUUCGCAGCUGAAGGCAGCGCUGCAUUUCGUCGACUCACUUUCGGGAUUAAUCAAGGCAGCCACACAUGCUACACAAAAGACAAAGGCCGCGCGCAAACUUCAGACUCUGCCUGAAUACCAGGCGCAGGUAGCACAGCAACAGAAUCGCCUCUCGGAAUCGGUACACACGACAACGGCCCAGCGGAUGUUCAAUGCAUUCGAUGUACGCGAAACCUCAUAUCAUUUCUUUAGUCAACGCAUUGAUUUGCACUUGUGCGAUGAUGAAGGCGAUGGACGUUCGAGUUAUCCUGACCUGGACAAAGGCGGUGCCCUGCAGGUAUCUGUGACUGCGUUUCAGGUGGAUUACUAUCCCUAUCAUUUGGCCAAAUCGGAUCGCUCGCACUGGGCCAAGUACAAGGAGGCGUCGGUGGCGCCUGCGCUGUGGCUUAAAGAAUCGCUAAAUGCUUUUCGUGAGGCAGUGCUUAAUCUCAGUCAGCCCAAUCGACCGGCAACCCAUGCACCGCUGAACCGCAGCGCGCCAGCUUCCCCCAUUAUGUUGAAUGCCUCGCUACUGGGCUCACAAUACGGAAGCGGUGGCCCCGGCUCCAAUGGCAGCAGCACGCCUACUGCAGCAGCGGCUGCCGGCGGUUCGGGCUCCGGUUCAGGCUCGGUUGGCGGCUCGGGCAAUGCCUCGGCUAGCAGUCAGUACACACAAGCAGCCCAGCAGCGCAGUACUCUGGAGAAUCUGGCCAAGCUGAUGAGCUCCUGCUUCAUACUGAGAAUCGAAGAUUUUACGUUGUACCGCGUGACUACGUCGGGCAAAAAGCAAAUGCCCAAAGAGUUUGUCUCAGCACAACACAAAAGGAAAAACAAAUCCUCAGGUGAUAAGGAUCGUUACUCGUUUCCCGCCGAGAUGCCUAUAGUGCACGCUGAGUACACAUACUUUUACUAUCCCGGUGAUUUUGUUUUUCCGCUGCCGCCUUCAAAGAUGUUUGUGCACAUUAACCCGCUGCAAGUGCAUUUUGAUCUCAGCUCGAUAUUGUGGUUGAAUUCGUUUGGCUUGAAUCUGCACGAGAGUUUGCUUCGCACCAGCGUCGGCUCCCAGGCCACGUUGCAGGACCAGCCACAGAGCUCGCGCGGCUCCAUUGCUUCAAAUGCCUCGAAUGGCUCCAAUGGUACACAGAUGGCCGCUGCGCUCAACGUUGAACAGGAGCCAAAUCUGAUGUACAUGGAUGUCAAGGUGGAAGCCAUUAUGCCGCGCGUGGUCAUGGAAGCGGCGCUGGAUGCGCCCAACCAAAAGGAUCGUCCCAAGACAAUGCAAAUCCAAAUCUCUCGCUUUGCCCUUACCAAUAUACGUGAAAUGGGGAGCUCACGUGCGGAUUUGGCUCAGGCGCUGCACUCACUGCAGGAGGGCUCGCUGGUCUUUGGCACCGGCUUUCCCUCCGUCGAGGGUGACAUGUGCAUUGUUACGGAUCGUAUUCUAUCGCACGUGGCCGCCUCAGAUGUGAGCAUAAUGUCGACACCCAUGACACCAACGCAGACGCAUUUACCGCGUUCCGCAUCCACUCAGUGCCUGUCACGCUAUGCCAUGUGGUCGGAGCCGCGUGAUGUCUGGUGCAUUAAAUUGGAUCCCAUAUGGGUGGAUUUUCUGGGCGCUCGCUCGCUAGGUCCCAAUAAAUCCAUACCCUUUGUGGAUGCGGUGCCCAUUACGCUCUGGCUGCAUGCAGGAGGUGCAGCUCAGGCACAGGCACAGUUGGAACUGGGCAGGCGUCAAAGCACUGCUAGCUCGCACAUGGAGAGCAUGGGACUAGCGCCACUGCCUUCGUUGCCACCUUUGCCACGCAAUCCGUUCCUUAGCGAUGAGGAUGUGCGCGUCUUGCAGCCACCGGCAACGAAUGCUUCCACGCCCAUCGAACGUUGCGCUGAUGUUCAUGCGAUUGCACAUAUAUCGAAUUUGGUUAGCCUGCAAAUCGAUCACUAUCAAUUGUUGUUUCUGCUGCGUCUAGCCGAGGAGUUCAACGAAAUGUCCACGUUCCUUAACUUGGACGCGGAACGCAUCUUGCAAAAGCAAAAUCAACAAAAGUCGAUUAUAUUUGGCUGUGUUGUGCCACAGAUUGAGGUGACGCUUGUGAUGCCAUCGCCAACACCUGGUAAGGAAUCGAGUGGUGGUGAUGCUGAAAGUGUCUUACCCGAUUCAGCUAGUUUGGGUGAUGAUUUACACAUGAAUAGCACAAAUAUAACAUGGCCCACACCACCUCCGCUGGAUCAGCUGAAAAGUAAUACAUUUGGAAGCGUAGAAUCGCCAUCCCCAGUGACCAAUGAUCCGCCCUUUGAUAGUGGCAUUCAUACAUCCAAUCCCAAUACACAUGGCUACAAUGUGCAAAUCCAGAGCACUCCAACUUUGGCUUCCUCAACGCCGAGUCAGGGCUCAAGGCCUGACACUGGCAUCUCCAUGCAAUCGCAAUUAAUAUCAUCUGCCUCGAAGAGCUUAAAGAGCACAGUGCGACCUGGUGCUGGUACCGACGCUGUGCCCAGUAUUACCAAAGAAAUUAAUUCGGGUCUGCUAUCUAUGAAGAAGGGCUUCUCCAGUUUUAUGACUUCCAUUGAUUCGGCCAUUAAAUCGGGCACGCCCAAUGACGAUGCCAGUGAUACCUUCUCUGUACAGAGUGACAUAAGCUCCGAUUCAGAGAACUUUUCCAUUGUAAUGGGCGACGACAAGACCAUGGACUGCAUGGAUGUUAUGUUCCGUCUCAAUCCAUUUACGACUGACAACAAUAUGAAGGCCUCUCCAGUUGAGGUAGCAAGCGAGGUGUACGAGGAGCCUAGCAGCUAUAAGACAAACAUGUCCUCGCCCUCGGAGCCCUCAGAGGCAAUCACCUGGCGGCGACGGGAUCUGGUCUCCAUGGCCACCUUUAGAUUGACCACUGUGGAGCUCAUACGCCAGCAGGAGGGUCCUAAAUCCUCGGUGCGUCUGCAAGUGGCUGCCAUUUCUUGUGAUGAGUGUGGCGCUAUACCCUGGGAUGAGUUGCAGAUCGCGCAUCAAGCGAACAAGACAAAGUUUGGAGCGCGUUGUAAGUCCUGGAAUCUGGCGCCAUACAAUCCAGAAGCGCCGCCCUGCAUUAGACUGCGCCUCGAAGAGACACUUAACAUGCCAAAGGAAAUCGAAGGCAUCAUCGAUCGCAAACGUAUUCAAAGCUGGUUUACACAUCAUGCCGAGAUACACGUUAAGGAUAUUAAUAUAGAUUUGUCUAUGAGCACAGUUAUAGGUCUAGGUGAUCUGGCUGAAGAUGAGAUUAUUUCAUCGCCCAUGCCCCUUACGAUAAAUCUGGAAAACGUGCGUAUAAAUUUGCUGGAAGAUCGACCGCCUGUCAAUAUUACUUCACCGGGCGCAGUGCCUAUUAAUCUGUGUAUUGGUCGCAUGCGUUUGGAGCGCGACAAGAGUGGCCAAAUCAAUAUACAGCCCAUAGAUACAAACAUGACUUCUGAGCAGCAUCAGGCAUUAGGUAGCGUCUUCCGUGGACUACCACGCGAACGUGAUCGUGAGCUGCUUUCUAUGCAGCUUGUCAUGCAGCAAAUGAAGCUCGACAAUGAGCACAUGCGAAAACAACUUGUCGAUUCCAAAAUCAACACAGAUAAUUAUAGGCAAAAGACUAAACAGGAAACAGAUGUCUUACGGUCGUAUUUAAAGGCAGCACAGGAUGACAUUAGCAUAUUGCUAGAAGAGAAGAAAGCAUUGCUGGAUACUAUACGCUCACUGCAGAUACAAUUGACCUCAUCGAAUAUAAGCCGGAAGAAUGAUGGCAACAGGUAGCACAACUGCAUGGACUGCAUACAAUGCUGCGGCGAGAACAAUAACGCCUAAGUCCAGUAUGCGAAGUCAAUGCCAAUGCUAUCAAGCACGUCCUCGAUAUUUGUCAUUUCGUUUUUAUCAUCAAUCACUGCGUUGAGUUUAGCAGAAGACUGAGCCGUACUGAAUACGGACACUAUUCACGUUGCCGUUCGUCGUCAUAUACUUACGUACAUAGUUAAACUAUAUACUAUACUAUUACAAACUAAACUAUACAUGUUUGUAUUUGUUUUAUUAUUUUUAAGCUAGGUAACGACAUUUGCUACUGUUCCAAAGAAUGUUUUCCUUUUACAAAAUGUUUCAUUCUUAUUUUAUUGUUUUUGUUUUAUUAUUAUUGCUUAGACUUUUAAAGCAGCAAUUUUUAAAAUAUAUAUAUAUACAUAUUUACAUAUAUUUAUAGUACAUUGUUAAUUAUUUUAAAACGAGUAAAUCAAAUGAAUGUAUUUCUACCUGAAUAUGUAACUAUGUAAUUCUUCAUCGAUAUUACGCCCAACUAAAACAUUGUAUAUUUAAUAGAUAUUGAUAACACAUUGUUGUGAUUCAUGAUCAUAUCAAAAUACUUAAUUCUAGUAAUUAUACGUAUUAUGUACUAAUCUAAUGUCUAUGUGUAUGUAUUGCUGUUGUAAUCGAUGUGCUAAAUAGCAAAACAAUUGGCCAAAUCUAUAAACUGAUAAGUAUUGAGUACUACCACUCCAAGUUAUUUAAAUUUUGUAUUCAAAUUCAAUUCAUUCCAAUUAAAUUAAUUAUCGUUUUUACUUACACAGUAUCUCAACACACAAUACUAAUCAACAUGUUCUACUCUCAACUAAAUCAAAAGUACCACAUUAAACAUCCAAUAUAAAAACUCAAGUAAGUAACGCGUAUACAAAUUUUGAAUAAAUAGUUUACUUAUUGCAAAUUAAAAUCAAAUAUUUAUACAAAGCAUAUACAUAAAUUCAUAUACAUAUAUGUAUAUACGCAUACUGCGUUUGCUGCUUACGAAUGUAAAAAUGAACAAUGUAAUAAUAUUAUAUGUAUUUGAAAUAUAAUAGUGAAAACAUGAAUAUAUUUAUUGUUAUACAUGCAUUAUAUGAAAGUUUGCAUAUGUAGCUAGGCAAAACAAGAUUAAGAAAUUGAAUUUGCAAUAAAUAUUAAAAAUUAAUAAAAUGUUA